AUGGACCGGCUUUAUUCCUCGCGACGUGUGGCGUGGGGCGUCAUCGCCACCGUCCUGCUGCUCGUGGCGAUAUUCGACCUCCCACCUACUGCUGCUGCUGCUGGGCAGCCGCGUCUCAGCCGGGAGGAGCUGGGGUCGUGGGGAGGCCUUCACGACGAGGACAGCGCUGGAAAGCUCCAAAGCAGCGGCGGCGGCGGCGGUGGGGAACGGCAGAAGAGGGGAGCUGCGCCCGAAGAAGACGUCGAGCAGCAGCAGCAGCGGGAAGAGGAGGAGGAGGAGCUGAUUGCCGUGCAGGUGACGGGAGGGCGGGCGGGGGCCGAGGAGGUGGCCCGCCGGCACGGUAUGGCGGUGGUGCGCCAGGUGGAGGGGCUGGGCCACCAGGGCUACUUCCUCCUGCGCCACGCUUCGCACCGCAGCAAGCGAGGUCAGGGCGCCCCGCUGGCCACCGCCGACGACCUCCACUGGUGGGAGCCCCAGGUGCGGCGCAAGCGGACUAAACGGACAGCGGACCCCAUGUGGGACGAUCAGUGGCACCUGCACGGACACACUUAUUCGCUCGACGUGGAGAAGCUUGGAAUGUGGAAUGCGGGGUGUUCAGGGCUGAUGGGCGAGGGAAUGCGGGUGAGCAUUCUGGAUGACGGCAUCAACCCGGAGCACCCGGACAUCGUGGCCAACUACUGGGCCAAGGGGAGCUGGGACAUCAGCUUCAACUCGUCCAACCCUAUGCCCCUCGUACCCGAAGACGGCCACGGCACCCGCGCGGCCGGCACUGCCGCCGCCACCGCCGACAACGAGGUCUGCGGGGCGGGAGCUGCCCCCAAGGCACGCGUGGCCGGAGUCAAGGUGCUGGGCAAGGAUCCGGAUGACGCUGAUGAAGCACUCGCCAUCGGGUAUAUGUGCGACCACCCGGAGGAGCCCGUCCACGUGUACUCGGCGAGCUGGGGACCUCUCGACGACGGCCGCCGCAUCGAGGGUCCCGGCAGGCUGAUGAAGGCGCGGCAGGAGCACUGCAUCAAGGAGGGGCGCGGGGGCAAAGGGUCGCUCUACGUGUGGGCGGGCGGCAACGGGGGAUUCUUCGAUGACAACAUGAACUACGACGGCUACGCCAACUCCCGAUACACCAUCUCCGUCGGCGCCGUCAACGAGGCUGGCGGCCCCGCCUACUACAGUCCGAUGGCUGCCGGAGUGGUGGCGCUGGUGCUGCAGGCCAACCAGAACCUGACGUGGCGAGACAUGCAGCACCUGGUGGUGCGGACGGCACGGCGCAUCACCCCCAACCAUCACGACUGGCAGCGCAACGGGGCCGGCCGCUGGUUCAGCCACUACUACGGCUACGGCCUGCUCAACGGGGCUGCAGCGGCCGCAAUGGCCCGGCACUGGGUGUCGCUGCCCAAGGAGCAGGAGGUGAUGGAGUCGGAGAUGCUCGAGGUGGAGGAGGCCGUGGCGGAAGGGCGCGUGGGCAAGUACGCGUGCGCGUUCGAAGCGUUCGGCGCGGUGGCCGAGAUCGAGCACGUGGAGGCGUGGGUGGAGGCCACGGUGCACGAGGGCGUGGGCACGAGCACGUUGAGCCUAUUCUCGCCGGCCGGCACGGAGAGCAAGCUGCUGGUGGACGGCCUCAACCGACACACAGAACUGGCCUGGGCCUUCACCAGCGUCGCUCACUGGGGCGAGGCCCCCAACGGGACCUGGACCCUCAAGCUCUGCCCCCAGCACGGCGCCACCCUCCAUCGCUGGCGCCUCCGCCUCUACGGCCUCGCCACGCCCAUCACCACCCAACCUCCACCCCAGGGUUAA